UCGAGUAGUUUCAUAAUUCAUUACGACCAACCCAUUGAGCACAACCUAUCUUCCCCUUCCCAACUUAACAGGUUGUCGUCCCCGAGCUCGAACUCCUUUGAGCUGUACAACAGCUAGGGUUUGUCUACGCCGUUUUGAGGAGGAAGACAUAGCUCGAUAAUAUGUUAAAGUUCUUAUCCAAGGUCAAGAUCGAAUUCAAUGCUCUCGACUCGCGAACGGCGGCUUGCAUGGAGUUCAUCGCCCAGUGCAAUGCGGGGAAGGCCCGGGAGUCGAAUCCGGCAUGCCAGGUGCUUCUGAAGCGAAGAACAGACGACAACCCGCCACAGAUCACGGUCACCUACGUGAACGGCGUCGAGGAGGUCAUCGAUGCAGCCUGCACUCCAGCUCAGGACAUACGUGCACGAAUCCUCGAACGGGGACGCUAUCUCGAAACCGAGCAAAUGUUCCGUGAGGCCGGAGAAUCGUGGCCCGUAAUGAUACCUUCGGAGGAGCUACAACAGGAAUUCGCUGGUACAAAGCCAAAGAAAGCGGUAGAGAAGACCCAGAGCUAGUGAUUGAGACUUGGCACAGUCGACAAUAUUCUAUUUAUCAUGUAAGUGCUGCUGAAUCAAAAUUUUCUUUGUUCUGUCUUUGUUUAGAGUUGUUGACCCUGUAGAUGGUAUGAUGGAGCUUACAUGUAACACGAGAUGAUUUUGUUUAAAGUAAGCUUGGAGGAACAGUUUGAUUUUAUGCAAUCACAUUUCCUUAAUUUUGGUAAGGCAUUGUACCUAAUAAUGGGUUUAUAUAAAAUUUCAGAAAUUCUUUAGUUAUAUGUGA